GCGCACCUUUGACACCGAAACGCGCGCCAAUUUCGAAUUUAGAACCGUGUUGCCAGUAUGCGUGUGGUUUUAUAAAAAAAAUAGUUGUUUUCCAUUUUCGAAAAUGUCUCGUUCAGUGCUUAUAUUUUUGUGUGCUGCAAUUUACUUUGUCAAUUCCGCGGAAUUGCCGUCAAGUGAGAGUAAAGAGAGCGCGAGAGAGGAGAAGUUGCGAAGUGCUUUAAUAGACGCGUUUCAGAACAUUAAAAAGGCAUCAGCCAAAGGCGGUAUUGACGAUGAAGGCCCGCUAACAGCUGAUCUAUUAAGCUCUAUGAUAUUUACACCUAAUUCGAGUAAAAACGAAAAGACUACGACCGAGGAUUCGUUCAAUUUAUUCGCUGACGAAGAAGGUUUGUCGUUUGCCGAAGCGUUUGACGAAGGGUUGGAAUCUGCUAAGAAGCCGUCCAGUACGGAAGCAUCGCACAAUGUCCAGCACAUUGUGAAAACCACGAAAACAUUGGAAAAGACGACAUCAAAACCGAGUAGAGAUGUAUUGAGCAAACUGAAUGACUCUAUAAGGACUACGUUAAACGAAUCGAAAUUAGUCUUGAAAAGGGACAGUUCAAACUCGACCGGUUUGUUGGGAAUCGAGAAUAUGUUGAGGAUAUUCGACGCUGAGAUCCUCGUGAAGCAAUGGAAGGAGCUGCAGAGGGUUGUUGAUGGAAGCUGCAAGCAGGACAUGCAGCUGUACGUGGAAGGACUAGUCGACAGAAGGUUAUGGGCCCUAAAAAUGGAGGACGCGAGCGGGAGGUACAACUCCAUGUUCUACUGGGGCAACAACUACUGGACCGGCUCUGCUGAACUCUGCCAGAUCCUCAAUGAACAGCACAUGCCACCACCUUCGACCAACAAGAGUAGCGGCUCCCAGAUCUUCAGCGAGUGGAGGCAGGACGUGUCCGUGUCGGGGUCCAGUCCGCCAUUCGAGACUGCCUUCUACGUCACUCGUCUGACUGUCACUACCGACCUUGCAGAGGUCGUUAAGACCCGUCGGACGCUUCACCUUGGCGAGUGUCUCCCAGCAUCAUGCUCCCGGGAGCAGGUCUCCGCGCUGGUGAGCGCUGCUCGAGCACCGCUGCUGCGACAUGCCGUGGUCGCUGUCCGCACACCCAGGAAUGGGGCCUAUGUUUACAUCGAGGAUCCCACUUUCCAGGUUCUAUUAGGCGUGUCAUGCGUGGUCAUAGUACUGCUGAUAUCAGCGACAGCUUAUGAUCUGAAGCUGGCUCGAGACGUGCGCAGACGCAGGCGCCGCGCCGCCAACAUGGCCGCCGGCGAGAAGGGCGCGCGCACCGACCUCAAAUUGGACCUCAACGGACUGGACGACAUCACUGUCUCUAAUGGCAAAUCGAUAUAUAACAAUAACAACAUCGCAAUAAACAGUAACCACUCCGAGGAGAGGCUAACUGGAGAAACAGCCUCCACGCAUGAAGAACUCAAACUCAGUAUAUUGUCGGAGCUGCUCCUCUCCUUCUCGAUGAAGGCCAAUAUUCUGCAGAUCUUCGACCAGUCCGUGGGAUCAGACACGGUACCCGUUGUGCACGGUUUGCGGUCGCUUUCCAUGGUGUGGGUUAUCUUCGGCCACACCUGCAUUGUUGUCUUCAAGUAUGCUGACAAUACGGCGUUGAGAGCGAUUUUGGAGAAGAGUUUCUUGUUUCAACUAGUCCUGAGCGCAGUGUAUAGUGUAGACACGUUCUUCUGCCUUGGUGGUAUGUUGGUAUCAUUCCUGUAUUUCCGUACAAACGCGAAAGGCAAGUUGGAUCUGAUAACGAAAGGUCGCAGGAAGAUCACCGCUGGAGUGCUUCAGUUUAUGGGCCUGAUGGCGUACAGAUUUGCAAGAUUGACAGCACCGUAUCUGUUCAUGCUGGGCGUGGUCGAGGUGACCAUGAAGUGGUUCGCGUACAACGCCGUCUUCGAACCGCCUGCCAUGGACCACGAGACCUGCCCCAAGUACUGGUGGAGGAACCUCAUGUACAUCAACACGCUGUUCCCGGUCGAGCAGAUGUGCAUGCUUUGGAGUUGGUACCUUUCGGAUGACACGCAGUUCUACGCAGUUAGCGCUCUACUCCUCAUAUUGGCCACAAGCCACUUCAAGCUAUCAGUGUCCCUGACCGGCCUGUUCUUCCUGUCAUCCCUGUUCACGACGGGCUACGUGUCAUGGAGCAACGAGCACAUCCCCAGCAGCGAGGACCCCUUCACCCAGUUCGACAAGAUCUACGACAAGCCGUGGACCAGGCUGGGGCCGUACCUAGUUGGCAUGGCGACCGGCUGGAUACUCUUUAAGACCAACUUGAACAUAAGGAUGAAAAAGGUGUGGGCGUGUGUUGGCUGGGUGGUAUGCACCGCUACACUCCUUUUCCUGAUCUUCGGUCUCUACAAAACGGAGCUGGGAGUAGCGGCAGCAGCCAUCUACAGCGCCCUCUCACAUUCACUAUGGGCCGCCUGCAUAGGCUGGAUCAUUAUUGCCUGCUCUACAGGACAUGGAGGUUGGGUGCGCGGUCUACUGUCGGCGCCGGUGCUGUACCCGUUCUCGCGCGUAACGUACUGCGCGUACCUGGUGCACCCGGUGGUGCUGCGCUACGUCGCCAUGCACCUCACGCACCCCAUACACCUCGGGGAGCUGCUCGUUUUCGUGCUGUUCCUGGGCCUGACUGUGAUAUCGUACGCGCUCGCGUUCAUAAUUUCCGUAGCAUUCGAAGCUCCGAUGGUGACGAUGCUGAAAAUCGUUGCGCCACAACGGAAACCCCAUAGAGUAUGAGCGUAUCGAAUCAUACUUGGACUAUGUACAAAGUUAUCCUCACCGACACCGUUCCAAUCUGUGGGCAUAGACAAAUAGCAAACUAAUCUAAAAUCGGUAACGAAUCAAAUGUAUUGACAAUGAAUUCGAUGAUCGAUAACGUUGACAUGAAAAAGGGACAACUUAUUGCAUGGCUGUAUAAGCGCAGUUCUCUUUGCCUUUCUUUUAAAGGUUAAACAGAACCAAAAAAAUAAACAUAUUGCUGUCUUGUUCUGUAUAAACGAGAGAGAGAGAUAGUAAGUUAUUCUGACCUCUUUGGCAUAAUAUCAUUUGAAUGUAGAAUCGAUGUCUAGCUGUGUAUUAUUAUUUUUAAAAAAUACUGUUUCGAAAUAUAAAAAUUAUAAAAACUACGCUCUUUUUGGUGUAAAUUGUGUAUUUAGUAACAAUUUGGACAAGUCAAUUUAGUAAAACAGUGAUCUACCUAUAGAUGUUCCGGUUUGCUAGCAAUAGAUUCCUUUGGCAUUUGUC